AUGGCAGGGAUGCAGGUUCCAAGCUGCACAUUGGCAGAUAAGCUAGGAGAGCUCUGGGAGAAUUCCCACUUCACAGACUGCUGCCUGGUGGUAGCUGGCCGGGAAUUCCAGGCUCAAGAGGCCAUCUUAUCAGCUCACUCUCCAGUUUUCAGAGCCAUGUUUCAACAUGACAUGAAGGAGAGCAAAAGUAGCCAUGUCGAGAUUCAUGACCUGGAGCCGCAAGUCAUUAAGACAAUGAUGGACUUCAUUUACACCGGAAAGGCACCAGACCUGGACACACUCAAACUUCCUCAAGGAGACAUGGCAGGAGAUGAGAUAGCCCAGAGAUGGGACCACACACAAAUCAGCGUUCAGGAUUUCUCCUAUAGGUGGACCAUCAGCAACUUCCCUUUUAUUGCUGAGGAAAUGCGGCAAAGCAUUAGAAGCCCAACUUUCUCAAUAGGAGCCAACGACAAAUGGUGUUUGAGAGUAUACCGGAAAGGAGUCAAUGAAGAAAGCGCAGAUUACCUGUCAGUUUACCUAGUGUUGCUCAACUGUCUGAAGAGUCAUGUUUGGGCAAAGUUCCAGUUCUGGAUCAUAAGUGCCAAAGGAGAGAAAACCAGUGUCAUAAAGAGCCCAAGAGCCUUUAGAUUCGUGCCAGGCCAGGACUGGGGUUACAAAAAGUUUAUUCUUUGAGAUUUUCUCUUUUUCCGUGCAUUUAUGCUUCUUCCAGAUGACCAGCUCACCCUUGUCUGCAAGGUGAACAUGGCCCAGGUCUCUUUGAGCCUCUCUGACCAGAACAAGAAGCCAGGAAUUCUGGUGCCCAGAUGCACAUUGGCAGAUGAGCUAGGAGAGCUGUGGAAGAAUUCCCAAUUCACAGACUGCUGCCUAGUGGUAGCUGGCCAGGAAUUCUGGGCUCACAAGGCCAUCUUAGCAGCUCGCUCUCCAGUUUUCAGAGCCAUGUUUCAACACGACAUGGAGGAGAGCAGAAAGAAUCGCGUUGAGAUCCCUGACCUGGAGCCACAAGUCUUCAAGGUAAUGAUGGACUUCAUUUACACAGGAACAGCACCAGACCUGGACAGCAUGGCAGCUGCUGUGCUGGCAGCUGCUGAUAAGUAUGGCCUGGAGCGUUUGAAGGUCAUGUGUGAGCAUGCCCUCUUCAGGGACAUCUCUGUGGAGAAUGCUGCCACACUCUUCCUGGCUGACCUCCACAGCUCAGGGCAGCUGAAAACCCAGACACUGGAUUUCAUUACAGCUCAUGCUUCUGAGGUCUCUGAGACCUCAGGCUGGAAGAUAAUGGUGGGCUCUUAUCCCCACUUAGUGGUUGAAGCUUAUGGUUUCAUGCCUGCUCACUGCCCUUUCUUGAAGCACCCUAUUAAAUGCUUGAAGCGAUCCUAG